GAAGACUCCACUUCCCAAGGGUCAUAGCAGCGCACUCCUCAUGUCGGGCCUACAAACAUUGCCACUCAGGACUACAUUUCCCAGUCGGCUCAGUUGAAGGCAUCGCCGGAAUGGCCGCAGUCGCAGUGAUAGAGACUCCGUCAGGAAAGGAUGCCAUCGCCGAGGGGCUGCUGGAUUUGCUCAAACCCGCCGUGCAGCAGCUCGACAUGCAUGUGCACUCAGUGAGGGAGAGUCAGGUGGAGCUUCGCGAACACAUUGAUAAUCUGGCCACAGAGCUGUGCAGGAUCAACGAUCACCAGAAGGUGGCGCUAGACCUGGAUCCUUAUGUGAAGAAGUUGUUGAAUGCUCGGCGCCGGGUUGUGCUUGUCAACAACAUCCUGCAGAACGCACAGGAGCGACUGCGGCGACUCAAUCACAGCGUUGCGAAGGAGACGGCGCGCAGGAAGACCAUGCUGGAAACAACUGGAGCAUUCGUGCCACGCUCUCCCAGCAAGCCAUAGCAGUGCACAGACACACACACAAACUCACACCAACACACAACAUCACACAGUGAGACACACACAUAUGCACCAACACACACUCGCACACUGCCACUCUCCCAGACGCACAGACUUGUGCACCGUGAUGCACUGAGACUUGCUCACACUGACACGUGCCACUGGACAUCCGUUUGCCUGUCUGUGUGAGGACACGCACACUCCCAGAGAUUUGUAGAUCUAUAGACCCGGGGCUGACUUCCACCGGGGGGCCGGGGGGCCCUGCUCCUCCCACAUCGACAGCAGGACUCCCACACACGCAACACUGACAACAAGCUGCUGUGUCUGGGCUGUAGUUACUGAUGCUCACCACCGGGUGGCAGUGUUGCUCUUCAGUGAAGGGCCCCACACAGACGGGCUGUAAACUGUCCUGCUGUUUACUAUUAGCAGUUUAAUUUGCAUUUAUUAAAAUAAAAUAUAUAUUUUGCACUAUGCAGUUUUGCAAAUGGGAUGCAGAGCCUGUGUGAUCCAGACACGAGAUGAAUUGAGCUUUGUUUCAGUCCGGCUGGCCCUGCUAUGCAGCUGUAGUGUAGAGGUCAGCUGCCGUCGAGUUCGCCUCCGCCAUGGUGUCGAACCCGGGUCCGGAAGCGCCGGGGCGUACGGGCCCAUUGGAGCAGCGCCGCAGCCCCAGGUGUGAGGACAACUCGGGCGGGACAGGAAGAAGGAAGAGGACGUCUCCGCCCUCUGGUGCACUGUGGGAGGAACUGGUGCUGCGCUCCGGGCGCUGGAGAUGGGACUGAUCGUCUGUUCGUUUGUCGGGGCGCGUGCAGGAUGUAUGGCGAUGUCUUGUGAAUAAACCUGUUCCUGUUUGAGUCGA